UAGAGGGAGACAGGGAGACAGACAGAGAGACAGACAGACAGAGAGAGAGCCAGAGAGAGAGAGAGAGAGAGAGAGAGAGAGAGAGAGAGAGAGAGAAGCAAACCAGGAUGAACAGUCAGAUGUCUCCCUAUUCUGUGAGUUUUGUCGCAGUGGAAUAGGCGUUCACUUUUAUUGUCAAUGCUUGCACUGCUCACCAUUGUAUGGGAUUAUAAACAAUCUAUUUUAGAUUUGUAAACUUGUAGCAAGAUGUCAAAAGGCGUCUGGAGGAAACGCGCCCUCUCCACGGCUGGAGGAGCCUUGUUCACCUGCCUCGUGAUGAUGGUUCUUCUCGUCGCCGUUAUCAAACACCGGGGGACUCUCGUGGAGGAAGGUUCCACCGGGAGAGAGUUCGGGACUCGCUCCCUGCAAAGUUUAAACAGCAUGAAUAAUAAUGACAAACCCGUUAACCAAGCUCCAGCCGAGGAUCGGGUCGGGGACAAAUGUCAGGCGGCCCAGGUCAAGGGUUUUUCGGCGUACUUCAGUGAGUUGAGCCGGGGGAAACGGGCGGUGGAGCACAGAGCGGUGAAGGCUAGUGAUUCUACACCGGUGGAGGAGCUCAGUCCGGCAGAUGUGUUCAUAGCGGUGAAAACCACCAAGAAAUACCACCACACCAGGCUGGAUCUACUGCUGGACACAUGGAUCUCUAGAAACAUGCUGCAGACGUACAUAUUCACCGACGGAGAGGAUGACAGGCUGAGGAAGAGGAUGGGGAGUCACAUGAUCAAUACUAAUUGUUCAGCGGCCCACAGUCGCCAGGCUCUGUCCUGUAAAAUGGCCGUCGAAUACGACACCUUCAUCAGCUCUGGCAAGAAGUGGUUCUGCCACGUGGAUGAUGAUAACUACGUGAACAUACGUCCCCUUGUGAAGCUCCUGUCUCACUACAGCCAUGCCCACGACGUCUACAUUGGCCGGCCUAGUCUCGACCGACCUCUAGAAGCCACCGAGAGGUUUGGCGACUCCCACACGGUAAGGGACCAGGAGCGUCCAGUGCGUUUCUGGUUUGCCACAGGAGGGGCAGGGUUCUGUGUUAGUCGAGGUCUCGCCCUCAAGAUGAGCCCCUGGGCCAGUGGAGGUAAUUUCAUGACAACAGCUGAUCGUAUUCGUCUCCCUGACGACUGUACGGUUGGUUACAUCAUCGAGGCGUUGCUUGGGGUGGGUCUUAUCCGCUCCCCACUGUUCCACUCUCACCUGGAGAACCUUCAGCUGGUGUCACCGACACAGAUACACCACCAGGUAACUCUGAGUUAUGGAACGUUUGAUAGUAAGAGAAACAUAAUCAACGUAAGAGGAGCUCUCUCAUUGGACGAAGACCCUACCAGGUUCAGGUCUGUCCAUUGUGUCUUAUACCCAGACAUUCCGUGGUGUUCAGCCCUGACCUGGUACUGAGGUACUGACCCCACCAGUCCAGAGACACGGAAAGAGGGGAGAAGACGAGAGAUGGAUUAAAGACACGGAGGGAGCGGUGGACAGAGGAGAGAAGUGGAGAAGAGGGACGAAAAAUAUUGAUGAAUGGAUAGACAGAGGAGAGGACAGGAGAGACCGAGCCAUUAACCUCCCUCUGUAUGGAUUCAGAAUGAGACCCUAUUGUCAUGAUACGGUGCCUUCUGACCAUAGAACGGCUUUCUCAAGCUCUCAUGUCCUACGGAUCGUUUUGGGGUUCCUAGGGCCUCUGGGGCACCUCGUGGGACGACACUGAAUCUCUCCGUCACCGGAUCCUUACGCCCUCUAACCCUUGACCUCUAACCCCUAGUCCCUCCCAGAGAGGCCUGGUGGGGAGAAGAGAUGAUCGCGAUGUUGUUGUGAAGUUGCUGAUUGCAGAUGGCUCUGUGAUGGACAACGUUGCGGCUCUAACAGAGGGGGACUGUUUUAAGCCACGGUGCUGUUCUGUCGCUGCACUCCGCUUUGUAGCCUGAGUGCCAGUCUUCUUUGUGCUAUCAUCAACUCCUUGUCACGUUUGGCUCGUCCAUGACAGCAAUGUAGUUGGCAUGGUAGCACAAACAUGUCUGGGACCAUCUAUUUUGUGAGUAGAAGUUGUAAUCUUCCCCCCCCCCCAUUGGUUGCUAAGGAGAAUGGUUCUACAUCCUCUUUGGUGUUCAACAUUCCUCUUCCUGUAUCUUGGAGACUGAAGGAUAAACUAAUUGUGUACUGUUUGUUUUUUCUUCUUUCUUCUCAAUAUUCUUCCCAAUAUUAACGUUUAUUGUGGAUUUUAAAAAAGUCAUGUCAACAGACUCCGGAUCUCUACCAGACCAGUGAAGUGGUGUGUUUUACUGCUCAUUGUUAACAGUUGAUUGUUGUUUGUAACUUUUCAGUAUUAUCUUGUUAUUCCAUCAGACAGCUGUCAAUCAGACAACAGUCAUAAUGACUUGGAGUUGGAUGGUGACUAAGCACUUUGCUGGGAGUUAUGAAGCACCAGGGACUGUAUACAUAAAGCAGGUCUCAGAAUAGGGCUGCUGGUCUAGGAUCAGGUGCCCUCUCUUAUUCAUUAUACCGUAAUUUCCGGACUAUUAAGCGCACCUGAACAUAAGCCGCACCCACUGAAUUUAAAAAAAAUAUGUCUAUAAGCCGCAGGUGCCUACCGGUACAUUGAAACAAAUUAACUUUACACAGGCUUUAACGAAACACGGCUUGUAACAAAAAUAAA